GCUGUGGGGCCAUCGCCCGGGUCAUACGAGCCAUUGCUCCGUAUAACAAGAGAUUUGGUUCCAUAGCGCUGAGGUAUUGUGGCUUGGAAGAAAAUGAACUGCGACAACUGUUGGAGCAAUUGCAAGUCUAUGGCAUCAGGACCGCCUUUCAGGGACAGACGUGUUACAGUAAAGACACAGGCGGCCACGUGUGGUUUCAUGUAGCUGACUCCCAGUUGAAUGACAUCACCAGGACUGCGAGAGCCGUCAGUCAAGUCAUCGAUGAGCUUCAGUCCAGCAACGACAGUAACGUCAGUGCUCAGUGGCCACAACUACAACACAGGAUGCGGGACGCGGGGGCCACAGCGCGGGACUGGCGGGACGCAAUGCACUGCUGCCCACCGCGGGCCACAGCCCGAGACUGGCAGGACGCGAAGCAGUGCCGCCCACUGGAAGUGACGGUUGCCAACAAAGCUGCACAAUGUAGUCUCAAGGAAGACGGGAAGUUCAUGAUAAAGAGCGAGUGUGACCUCGAUGACGUGGCAAUGAUGCUCCCCCACGCCCCAUGCACCACCCUGGCGGUGGAGGCGUCCCCCCAGGUCCUGAGGACGGCAGGGUGGCAUAAGAUUGUUCAACUCCACAGAGGAGACUUGCGCCUCAAUCUGAUGGACUGGGAAACUGGAUUCCAACCUUGCGAUGAUGUUCUUGAGUCUCUGCUCGACCCCAGGUGA